AAGUUGCCAUUCUGAAAAAGCCAGGCAGCGGACAUGUAGCAGCGUAUCUGACAGGAUCCCAGGAAUACCUGUCUCUGUUUAAAAUCUGGCUCUGGAAACAUCAAGUGAGGCUGGCAACCGGCUGAAGCCUUCUUUCGUAAUCAUCGCUGAAUAAUACAGUGAUUCUCUUCGGGGAGGAGAAUAGAAGGAGCUUCUGCAAUAGUGACUUCUACAGAGCAGGGUCCUGUAUCAUCGUCCUCGGUGCAGCCACAAAAUAAUGCAUCACCGUAAACUGAAUGACUCUUAGUGGCACUCGAGGGACUAUAGCAUUCAUGAUGUGACAGUCAGGAAGCAGCAGUGUUUAUUAAUGACUUAUCACGGCAAAGGAGCAAGCUCUUCUGGGCUGUUACCGUCCUCCUCCCAUCUGGACCCUGGACCCAUCCCAUUCUGAAUGCAUCGAGGCACCCAUCCCUGUUUUAAUCAAGCUGGCUGAGGUGCUCCUGCCCGAAUGAAUUGCAAACAUCCCUGCAACCCGCGGAUGGACGUUAUCUUGCUGGAGGGGAAUCAUUCUAACCAACUGAGUACUAUUGUGGGGAGAUGCUGUGAUUAACAUGCCGUGAAUCUUCCUCAGUCCCAGCUGCAUCAUGUCUAGAAAAAAACCAGGAGAUGCAGACGAGGUUUUCGAUUUUAAUGAAGCGAUACCAGAGACUGAAAGACUUGAUAGUAGCUUGCAAAAAGCUCGAGCCCAACUGUCUGUUAAGGCAAGACGACAGCGACCUUCCAGAUCUCGGCUAAGAGACAGCAUAAGCUCCACAGAAGGUGAUGACAGCCUAGAAAGAAAGGUAUCGGACAGCUACGGAAGCUCACUGCACAAUAUGAGAUCUCCCCUCCAUUCCUCACUCCGAGGCUCCUCUCCGUCUUCAGAAUCCGUCAUCUCCUCGGCAUCUCCCUCCCAGCGGGCCGCGUCCUUCUCCUUCGAUGUGAACAUUGUGAGGAGGACGUUUGAGGAGGAGGAGCAGGCGUCGAUGGCAAAGGCACGGUUCCAGACUCUGACCAAUGCUUCCUCCCAGGAAGCCCUGGGACUGACUCCGACCAGCUCCCCCUCCAAAUCCUGCCACAGCUCCGACACGUCUCCAGUUUACACGCGGAGGGAGAGGAGAGCAGAGAAGCACAGUGAAGGUUCAGAAGGGAGCAAGGAAACAAGUCCGGCAGAGCCAGCGAGUCCCACAGUUGGGCUGGACAGAAAGGCACGGAGGAAAUUUUUGGACCUUGGGGUACAGCUACGGAGAUCCUCGUCCACGAAAGGAAGAAAAGCAGAGAAGGCAGCCAACAGACUGUCCACAGGCAGCAGGGAAUCCUUUGACAGCCCUAUCAGUAUUCUGGCUUCAGCCAAGGCCGCAGUGCCACAGUUUGUGCCUUUCUCCUGGUUUACAGACAGCAGCAAAGGGUCCACCUCCUCCAGUGGUACAAUGUCACCGACCUGCUCUCCGAGAAUGUCCUCCCACGGGCUUUCCCCGAAAAAGUCUGCGUCCCAGGAGUCGACACUGAGUGACGAAAACAGCCCCAAAAGUGGAAGCCCCAGAAUUCUGAGUAGCUCAACGACCGCCUCGCGAGCCACAUUGUCUCUUUCCUCUGAUGAAUUCCUUGAUGAAGGACAGCCAUACUGCCUUGUUUCAACAUGGACUACACAGCAAGUCUGCCAAUGGCUACUUGGGUUGAACAUGGAACACUAUGUAUCGGAGUUCACUGUUGGUAACAUUGAUGGUGAACAACUCUUGCACUUGGAUGGAGGUAAACUAAAGGCUUUGGGGGUCAUCAACUCACAGGAUCGGGCCACUAUCAAAAGGAAAAUCAAAGAUAUGAACACAGAGGUUGAAAAAGAAAGGAAAGCCUCAGAAAAGCUAGAGAAGCAGAAGGAGAAACAAAAGAAGAAAGAGCAGGAACAACUGCAGAAAAAAAGUUAAGGAAGGUGCAACGACAUGCGAGAGGGCAAUGAAACGUGUCUGCUGUUCUUCAGAGAUUAAUGUCAGCGACAAGAAACAAUGCAAGGAAUGGAGGGGUUAAACUGGACAUGACAUGACAGGUCUGUUUGUGGGAUCAAUGAAGUUCACUCAUGGACAGUUCAGGUCUGUAAUGGCAACUUUUGGUCUUCAAAUCAAGUAAUAUUUCACAAUGCAGGUAGAUGUUUCUUUAGGUCUCAGUGGCUUACUGUGAAAAAACGUUCUGCAUUUACUAAUCAGCAAAUUCAUCCUGAAUCAGUUGUAGCAGAAGAAUAUUACGCCUGGAUAAUCCAUUAAAAAAAUUGGAUGGUGACCGUUUAAGAAUAAAAUCUUCCUGAUUAUUUUUUACAUCACCAGUGAAAGUAAUACCAGCUGCAUCUGUGCACUUGCGUAGUGAGAGAAUGUGUAAAUGAAACAGCUGGGUUUUGCUUUAUCUUUGGAUUGUUGAAAAUUAUCUUCUAAUAAUUAAAUCAGAAGGUUAAAAGGGUGAAUUUGGGAUCAUGCCUGCAUUUGAAAUAUUACAGGCGCUUGCACACGGAUUUUUCAAACUUAUUUUGUCCCACGAUCCAGGUGAUGAAGAGUUCAGACCCCUGGAGUGAGUUUGCAAGCCAUGGUGAUGUGAGGGCAGAAGAACACUGAAUACAUGUAUGGAUGCUGUAAAUGUGAAAUGUGAAAUGGGCCAAGAUUGAGUAAAGAGACUAGAUAAUGGGAUGGACUUGAUAACUUGCCAUGUGUGAGUAAUGUCUUCUUGUAAUAAACUGUCAGAGAGUGCAUGAGAGAUUAACAUGGUAACAAUACCAGGGAAGAUCCCAUUAUCUUCUCAGCCUGGGCAUGCAGUUGCACAUUAUAUUCAGGACUUGUAAAUGAGUUUGUUGUUUGAAGAUUGAAAUUAAUCCAAAGAUCUCUGAAGUGAUGAACAUUGUUCAUGCUGAUUUAAUAAUAGCACCAGUUAUGUGACCUUAAAUCUAAGCGUUUUUCUAGCUUACAUUUUGAAAAAAGUAAAAGCCGAAAAGCAGGUGAAAGAGGUAUUGCUGGGGUGGAUAUGUUUGUGCAUGUUGCAAAUAUGGUCACUGAAUCUAACAUUUGGUCGGUCUUGCCAAAUAUCACAGUUAUGAUUUUAAGUGAAUUAUUGAACAUUCUGAAACAUUAACUCGCGAAAGGCAAUUGCAGAAUAUUUUGGAAGUGGCCCUAAUUUUUGUUUUGCAAAAUUAGAUGGUGAAAUAGUUUAUUUUUAAUGGAGGCUCUCUGCAAUUGUAAUUGAGUUUAAUGACCACUGAUGAUCAUUUGUUCGCUCUCACUUCUGACCAUUAUCUUCUACCCUUGCUAUGCAUUUUGGAAAUAAAUCCUCAGAACCUGCUGACAGAA